AUGGCGUCCGCCGCCGCUUCCUCUGGCGCUGCCCUGGACCUGCCGCUGAUGGAGUCCGCCGCCGCCGCUUCAUCUGGUGCUGGGGGUCAUGUCUUAAGGAGGCUGUUUGAUGACCAAGCUCUACAAGACCUUGUGACUCAGCGUGAUUGGGCUAAUGUUGAAAAACAACUAAAGGCACUAAUUUCUGAUGUGGGUGUAGAUGAGGAUCAUGUGAAGCUGCAUCCGUCCCUUUUCAUCAUUGUGUAUCAGGAGUGGAUAGCUGACCAUAUCGAGAAGCAAGAGCACGGAGCUGCAUUGAAGAUAUUCAUCGAUAAAGUCGCUAUCCUCUAUCAGAUGAAGGGUGAAUUUGUGAAUGAAACUGAUCUGAAAUUACAAAUCAACAGCUUGCACAAAAUCGCCAAGCCUGACAAACAAGCUGACCGUCGUCACAGUCACCUAUGGCGGUUUGCUAAAACGAUAGAGAAGCCACCUGGUCAGAAGGAUCCCAACUUUAGGUGUCUCGCUUGUGGAGCCCCUUUCAGGAACUGCACAAUUUCUAAGAUGAGAGAUCACUUAGACACUAGAACCAGCGGAAGAACUUGCCCAAAGCUAACGAGAAAUAUGCAGCUCCGUUUCAAAGAAGGUGAAAUCCAAAAGGGAAAGACAGGCCCAAAGCAUCAUGGUCCUGAUGAGAGAUCUACCCAAUCAAGACAUGCGAAAGUCGGGAAAACUGGUAAACAAAACAUUGCAAUACAAGACAACCCGCCAGCGGCUGAGGAAGGACCUGAAAAUUUCCUCGUGGCUAAACUGGUUGAGGCCAUUCAUGCCAGUGCCGUGAGCCUGCAUAUCGUGUCUGCGGGUAAACCCUUGGAACCAAAAGUCGAGGAAAAGUUGAGGGCUGCUAGAGACCUCCUGGGUGAGGUACUUGUCAGCGACUCUGCUGGUGCUCCGCCUGACGCUUAA